UCCUGGGCAUGGAGGUGCCAUAUGUCCUUCUCUUAACUAGACUCGUAGCAGAAGUUACCAGCAAAUCUACUGAAAGUUCGGUUUUGGAAACAGAAUGCUGUGUGGAUAUGUUGGAUUCAAACAGUUCCUGUCCAGUAACGAACCAGUGCAGUCCAGGUUGUUACAGACGAUGGAAUGAGGAUGGUAGUAGCAGCUGCAUUAAAUGCAAAAAUGAAACUGUUCCUGUUUUAUCUAUUUACAAUCUGACUGAAUGCAGAAAUACUGGUAUCAGAGGAAUGAAUUUCCAAAUGAAUAUAAGCACCGUAACUCCUUUCAUACAGAACAUAGGGGGCCCAGAAGUGGCAGCCUCUCUCAUCUUAGGGACAUUUUUCAUCAGUUUAUUCCUGAUUCUGUCUGUUGCUUCUUUCUUCUACCUCAAACGUGCCAAUAAACUUCCUAAUGUUUUCUACAGAAGAAACAAAGCAUCUGUUCUCCAGCCUAGUGAAACAGCAUCCAUGAUACCUCCCCCAGCUUCUUCAGUUCGGAAGCCACGAUAUGUCAGACGAGAACGGUCACUAGUGACGUCUGCAUCUGCUGCUAUGAUCUCUUCUUCUGAAACCAGGGUCAGCAAUGUUUAGCCUUCAUUCUUGACUGAGGACUUUAUAAGUGUACACAGUGUCGAAGAAACUUUUUCUGAAUCCACUGAAGUGCCAGGAAAACAUCGCAAGCAGCUGACCUAAAUGGAAGCCAAAUUACUGUCUCAAAGGGUUUGUGCCAAAUGUUAACAGAGAAAUGAACUAAUGCAAAGAUACUGAUGGCAGGCUACAUCCAGUUUGGUGAACUGCUUUGGUGAUCUUGAAAUGCACUAUUCCAGCUCUGUGGUUUCAUUUGUCUCCUACAGAUGCUGUGUUUAAAAUCUUUAAAUAAUCUGCCUUUCUUUGGUACACUUUCAGUUUUGGCAAGUUCUUCUUCCUGUGUUGUGAUGUGUUCUGUGUCCCCAGAGCUGAAUGUCUCAGUGCUGCAGGCCAACACAAAACACUGAGAUUACUCAAGGAUGUGGACUUGUUUGAAGGACCCACUUGUAAAUGCUACUAACACUAAGUGCCACUGCUUUAACAUUGUAGGACAAUAUAACAAUACUUAACGUGCAGUAUCCUUUUGAAGCAAAAAAUGAUGCCUCCUGGAGCAUCCUCUUCAGCCUAUGACAUGGCUGACCCUGGUUUUUAACUGUGAAUAUAGACCCGCUAUCAAGAUACUGUUGUUCUUGGUGCUUUUGAAGGCUGUGGUCAGUAUAGGUCCAAUCCCAAGUGUGGGAAUUUGUUGGGAAGCUUUUCCAAUUGGCUUCAGCUUCGUCCUUGGAUAAAGAGCCAUUUGCUAUGGCUUUAUAACUGAUAGGCUGCUAUGUCUGUCCUGCAAAGACUGUCUCUGCUAGCACUCUUCCCUUAACAUAACAGUUGAAGGGAAACCAAAAUUCCUGCAGAGUAGCUGUGCAUUCUGUUGGGCAUGUCAGUGGGUACUGAGAUGAACUGGAGAGGUCAGGUGAAUUUCUGCCAAUGCAAUAAGGGGUUUCUUUGGUCAAGCCAUUGAUUAACAGGCCUGACAUCUGCAGGCCAGCACCUUAUGACAGAGCUCAACAAGUAUUUCUUUGUUGAAAGUGCCAGCCUAAAUAGCCCUCGCUCUUGGAUGCUUGUUCUUGCCCAUCUUAUGCCAGCUGUGUGGCUGAGUAGUCACUUGAUGAGGAAAUUAAAGUAGCUGUUAGAGUAAUUUUUUUUUUGGCUAGGUUAUCCUUAUCACCUUCACCUUUCCUGGCAUGGCUGACUGUUGCUGUGUGAACAUGUAUAUCAGCAUAAUGGGCAUAGUGGUAUGGGCAUAAGAGUGGGUGACUGGAAAAUAAGUGAAAAACCUGAGGUUGCUAAAUUGGUUGAAGUGUCACUGUCACCAUAUGUGAAAUUAUAACUAUGCAGCUUGUGCAUUCCCACCUACCUGUGUUGCUAUUGCCUGUUUUGGUUUAGCUGGCACUCCAUUAUGGGUCUAUGCUCCUAAAAUAAAUUACUUGGAAGCUCUUCAUCAGCAUCCACUGGCAUGAACAAACUGGAACAGUCUGUUCUCUUUUUCAGGAAAAUGUGAACAUAACUGUCUUGAGCUGACAUGACACCCAUAUGGAGAGUCCAAACCUUGUGAUCCAGAUUCCCUUUUCUCUGUGGUUAAAAGCUUAUUCAAACCUAAAAAAGGAGAACUGGGAUGGGAGGAGAUAUAUUUAUCUUAUUGAAUAGACCUGUUUUUAUGUAAGUUUCAGUGCAGUUGUGUUUACUUUUAUCUGUGUCCUCACAAGGUAAUGAGAUCUCUUGUAGCAUCCAGACAAGCUAGGGUAAAGAUUGAGGAUAAAGAACAAACCAUGAAGAGGACCCUGUGCCAAAAAAAAAAAAAAAAAAAAAAAGCCUGAA